AGCCACAAGUCCUUCCGCACGAAGCAGAAGCUGGCCAAGGCCCAGAAGCAGAACCGACCCAUCCCGCAAUGGAUCCGUCUCCGAACUGGUAACAGCAUCAGAUACAACGCCAAGAGAAGACAUUGGCGCAAGACCCGUCUCGGCAUUUAG